AUGGAUACUAAGCAGCAGCAUGCACGUGCAUCAAGUGACAACGCAGGCGCCAUUGGCUGGGAAGAGGCAGCGGGCGAGCUCCCAGAUAACGCCCUUUGGCGCAAAGAGGAGAGCAUCAAAGGAGCGGUUCCUGCUCCUCCCUCCCAGCCGGCCCGCCUUCCUAAGCCCUCCGAGUCCAGCAACUCCUCGAACUCUGUCGCCCCGAAAAACUCCCAGGAUAAGACCGACGGCCUCCCGACCGGCUUUUCCCCCACGUCAAGCGAACACACCCCUCGAAGCACAGCCCCCGAGCAAAAGCCCCACUCGACCACGGAAGUCUGGCAGCCAAACCACUGGAUUCAGUCGGCAGCAGCAUCGACUGUGAGAAAGCCUGCCCCCGGAGAACUCCCGGAACCCCAAGCAGUGUCUGCCACUGUCCUUUCGGACGGGUCUGACGAGGUCGGUCACGAUGACGUCGGAGCCGAAGGGACGUCUCUCUCGCCUGCCAAAACGAGCGACAGCGGAGCCGGGCAGGGCGACCAGGACUGGGCGAGAAAUCUCCCUCCGCACCUUCUGGCAUUUCACCGCGAGAUUGAGGAGCUGAAAGGGCCCGAACACGCAGAGACGCGAAGCCGCCUCGGUAUGAAGCUACUGCGCCGGUAUCUGGACUACGUGGACCGCAGGACACAGCUUGAGUUCAUGAUCAAGGCCUACGAGUUCGAACCUCUUGUACUGGAGACGCUGCACAAGCUCUUGUCUGAGUGCCCCCCCACCCCAACCCCCGCCGCGCGUUUCAAGCCCGGAGGCGACCUCAGCACUGUCGCGUCCACUGUCGAGAGCUUCAUCUUUGGCAUAGCGCGGACUCUCUGUGAAGGACGAGAGAAGGGCGCAUUCAACCUGCUCCAAUGCGACCAAGGGCUGUGCGACUGGCUCCUCAAGGGGUGGAAGGGCCGGCUUCCGCCGCCAGUCGUUGCCGCCUUCUCCGAGUCGAGCCCGGAAGAGAUUACCGACGACGCUGCGGGCCUGCUCGUUGCCCUCUACCACAUGAGCGUUCAUGCUCGGAGCCACCCCUGCCUGCGCAUCCAAGGCGACGACUACUGCCUCAGCGCGGCACUCUUCGCGUGGCGCGAGUGGGGCAGCGACCUGCUAAUAUUCCUGCUAAACACCUUCUAUUACGCAAUCGACCAUCCCCCCACCCUCCUCCACUCCAAGUGCACGCCGCUCGGCAACGACCCGUCGGUCUCCGCUUCGUUCCACGGGCAACUGUGGGAUGCAAAGUUGACCGGGGAACUGCAACAGCUUCUGUGGAUCCUGCGCGCGCUGUCCCUGAAGCAGAGCGCGGCACGCGCCUCGUAG